GCAGCCGCCGGGGAGGGGUCGAGCACCAUGUCGAAUCUGAGCAAAGGCACGGGCAGCCGGAAGGACACCAAGAUGCGGAUCCGGGCCUUUCCGAUGACCAUGGAUGAAAAAUAUGUAAACAGCAUUUGGGACCUUCUGAAAAAUGCAAUUCAAGAAAUCCAGCGUAAGAAUAACAGUGGUCUUAGUUUUGAGGAGCUCUAUAGAAAUGCAUAUACAAUGGUUUUGCAUAAACAUGGAGAAAAGCUCUACACUGGACUAAGAGAAGUUGUUACUGAACAUCUCAUAAAUAAGGUGCGAGAAGAUGUACUAAAUUCAUUGAAUAACAACUUUCUUCAAACACUAAAUCAAGCUUGGAAUGAUCAUCAAACAGCCAUGGUGAUGAUUAGAGACAUACUAAUGUAUAUGGACCGUGUGUAUGUACAACAGAAUAAUGUAGAAAAUGUCUACAAUUUGGGAUUAAUAAUUUUUCGAGAUCAAGUUGUACGGUAUGGGUGUAUUAGGGAUCAUCUUCGGCAAACUUUAUUGGAUAUGAUUGCCAGAGAGCGGAAAGGAGAAGUUGUAGACAGAGGAGCAAUAAGAAAUGCUUGCCAGAUGUUAAUGAUUUUAGGUCUUGAAGGAAGAUCAGUCUAUGAGGAAGAUUUUGAGGCUCCUUUUUUGGAAAUGUCUGCAGAAUUUUUUCAGAUGGAAAGCCAGAAAUUUUUAGCAGAAAACAGUGCUUCAGUAUAUAUAAAAAAAGUGGAAGCUAGGAUUAAUGAGGAAAUAGAGCGGGUCAUGCACUGCCUUGACAAAUCCACAGAGGAGCCUAUUGUGAAGGUGGUGGAGAGGGAGCUCAUCUCCAAGCACAUGAAGACUAUUGUAGAAAUGGAAAAUUCUGGGCUAGUACAUAUGCUGAAAAAUGGAAAGACAGAAGACCUUGCUUGCAUGUACAAAUUAUUUAGUCGUGUGCCAAAUGGUUUGAAGACAAUGUGUGAAUGCAUGAGUUCUUAUUUGAGGGAACAAGGAAAAGCCCUUGUUUCUGAGGAAGGAGAAGGGAAGAAUCCUGUUGACUAUAUCCAGGGCUUACUGGAUCUGAAGAGUAGGUUUGAUCGCUUCCUCCAAGAAUCCUUCAAUAAUGACCGGCUCUUUAAACAGACUAUUGCUGGGGACUUCGAGUAUUUCUUAAACCUCAACUCCAGGUCUCCUGAAUACCUCUCAUUAUUUAUUGAUGAUAAGCUGAAAAAGGGAGUCAAAGGGCUAACAGAACAAGAAGUAGAAACAAUAUUGGAUAAGGCAAUGGUCCUUUUUAGGUUUAUGCAAGAAAAAGAUGUAUUUGAACGUUAUUAUAAACAACACCUGGCAAGAAGACUGCUCACAAAUAAAAGUGUUUCUGAUGACUCUGAAAAAAAUAUGAUUUCUAAAUUAAAGACUGAGUGUGGAUGUCAGUUCACAUCGAAACUGGAAGGAAUGUUUAGGGAUAUGAGCAUCUCAAACACAACUAUGGAUGAGUUCAGGCAACAUCUACAGACAACAGGGGCAUCUUUAAGUGGUGUUGAUCUCACAGUCCGGGUUCUCACAACGGGAUAUUGGCCUACUCAGUCAGCUACACCAAAGUGCAACAUCCCACCAGCACCACGACAUGCUUUUGAGAUAUUUAGAAGGUUCUACUUAGCUAAACACAGUGGUCGACAGCUCACACUCCAGCAUCACAUGGGUUCUGCAGAUCUCAAUGCUACCUUCUAUGGUCCAGUUAAAAAGGAAGAUGGUUCUGAGGUUGGUGUUGGCGGUGCACAAGUAACUGGUUCUAAUACACGGAAGCACAUACUGCAAGUCUCCACUUUCCAGAUGACUAUAUUAAUGCUUUUUAAUAAUAGAGAGAAAUACACAUUUGAGGAAAUUCAACAAGAGACAGAUAUCCCUGAAAGAGAACUUGUUAGAGCCCUCCAGUCCCUCGCCUGUGGUAAACCAACACAGCGGGUCCUCACAAAAGAACCCAAAUCCAAGGAGAUAGAAAGUGGCCACAUAUUUACAGUUAAUGAUCAAUUCACAUCAAAACUACACAGAGUCAAGAUUCAAACAGUUGCAGCCAAACAAGGUGAAUCCGACCCAGAAAGGAAAGAAACAAGACAGAAAGUAGAUGAUGACAGAAAACAUGAGAUAGAAGCUGCUAUAGUGCGAAUAAUGAAGUCUAGGAAGAAGAUGCAGCACAAUGUUUUAGUAGCAGAGGUAACUCAACAACUGAAGGCUCGAUUCUUACCAAGUCCAGUUGUUAUUAAGAAACGUAUUGAAGGACUUAUUGAGAGAGAAUAUUUGGCACGAACACCUGAGGAUCGCAAAGUAUACACAUACGUAGCAUAAAAUGCAUUCAGAAAUUUGAUUUAUUCUUGGAUUGUACUCUUCGCAUGGACUGGGAAGUUCUUUUAAAUCAUACUAUUAAGACGACCAUCUCUUCUGUUAAACUGCAGUACAUGUUAUAGACCACUCAGAUCAAGUCUACUCCCUCUGAGAGUUUUCAACCUCAGUUGAUUGAGCUUCAGGCUUUCCAACGUUGUCCCUGUAGAGAUCAUCUUUACAGUUCCUCGGGAAAAUGUGAAUGUGCCGCGUUUUGUUUUCAAUAUUGUAUGAAAACAGGAAAAAAAUAAAACAAAUUUAGAAAACACAGCUCAUUAAAAUAAAAUUGUUGGAUUUCAUUUCCCCAGA